AUGAGGAAUCUGGUAGCAAGUGUGAUUGUUUUUGCGCAUUGGUUCAACAUACAAGCGGUAAAGUGUACAUUGAACGACUUCAACGAAGGGCGAACGACAAACGAAGGCGUCAACUUCCAGACUACCAGCGCGCAAGCCUUGUUUGAAGAAAAUACGCAAACAGAAGCGACUACUACUGAGCUCAUGUUCGAUGGGGGCGCAGCAUUUGUUACAAGUACCGAGUUACCAUGGAGCACCGAUAGUCAAUCGAAUGGAAUAAGUUACACUGACGAUACUGAAUGGACGACUGCAAAUCUUUAUGAUCCUUACUGCAGACCCGAUCUUUGCCUACGCUACAAUAGAUUCGGUGAGCUGGUGCCCAAGAAGCAUGUAGCCUGCGGGUUCAACGGUUCUUUCUCCGAUACCUGCCCACCAGGUCGAAUGAUAUUGAAGAUCGACUCGGAGCUGCGUCAGGUGAUUCUAGACCUGCACAACGAAGUCCGCGACCGGCUAGCGAGUGGAGCCGAAAAGGGAGCGGAAUUCGCGCCUGCAUCUAGGAUGCCGACAGUGGUUUGGGACGAUGAGUUGGCGAAUCUGGCGGAGAUAAAUGUACGCGGCUGUAAGUUCGAGCACGAUGAGUGCCGUAGUACGGAAAAGUUCCUGCAUGCUGGGCAAAAUCUUGCCACCGGCUCGUACUACCUUGAGACGGACAUUUUGGCGAUCGUUCGCAACUUGACCAUGCUGUGGUACCACGAGUUCGAAGACACGACGCAGCAUGUUUUGGAUGCCUACACGACUGAGUUUAACGCAACUAUCGGGCACUACACGCAGAUGAUUUCCGAUCGCACUACUGCUAUCGGUUGUGGUAUUGUGAUCUAUCCCAAUAAGAUGGAAGACUUUGUGUUCAAAACGGUCCUGUAUGCCUGCAAUUACGCGAUAACGAGCAUCGUUGGGCAGCCGGUUUACCUGAAGGGCGAACCAACCAGUCGAUGUCAAUCCGGUAGCAAUCCAGCCUUUUUCAGUCUAUGCAAUGCUGAGGAAAAUGAACUGAUUAAAGCUAUCCCCUUCUACGAUUGA